UUCAGGAUUGAUGACUAUAAAUUGCCUCACCGCCGGGAUUUUUGGAGCUCUCGCUGGUGGUGUUUAAGGAGAAAGCCAGUGACAGGCAGAGUAAGAGCUCUACCUACCGACCAACAGUGUAGAACACACGAGUGCUUUUGCCCAGACACACAUACCGACACAAUGAUCCUGCUCUGAAAACGCUACAAAACCGGGGUUUUUUUUGCAGAGCGCCAGUCUCCAGGUGUCUUUCCCCCACUUGCAAAACCUCCAACGCCUUGUGAGUGAGGUUUUUUUUCCCCCCCGAGUGAUGAGUUCCUAUUUUGUCAAUCCUCUCUUCUCCAAAUACAAAACCGGCGAAUCCUUGGACCCAACUUCCUACUAUGACUGCAGAUUCCCUCAGAGCGUCGGCAGGAGUCACGCGUUAGUAUACGGACCAGGCAGCGGCGGGCCUGGGUUUCAGCACCCUUCACAUGUCCAAGAAUUUUUCCACCAUGGAACUUCGUCCCUUUCCACCUCCGGAUAUCAGCAAAGCCCGUGCGGAUUGACGUGCCACGGGGACGCCUCUAAAUUUUAUGGAUACGAACCUAUGCCGAGGCAGUCGCUUUAUGGUACCCAGCAAGAGGCGAGCAUGGUGCAAUAUCCUGACUGUAAAUCCUCCUCCGGCAGUAACACUGGCGAGGCACAAGGCCACUUAAAUCAAAAUUCGUCUCCUAAUCUAAUGUUCCCCUGGAUGAGACCGCACGCGCCAGGAAGACGGAGCGGCAGACAAACCUACAGUCGCUUCCAAACGCUGGAGCUGGAGAAAGAAUUCCUUUUCAACCCCUAUCUGACGCGGAAGCGUCGGAUCGAGGUCUCACACGCUCUCGGACUGACAGAAAGGCAGGUCAAAAUUUGGUUCCAGAACCGCAGGAUGAAAUGGAAAAAAGAAAACAACAAAGAUAAAUUCCCGAGCGCCAGGGACGAGAAGAGCGAGGAACCGGCCAACGAGGAAGAGGAGAAGGAAGAAAAAGAAGAGGUGGAAGAGGAGACACCGAAGGAAUAACAGACAGUUGUAUUUGUUAAGAAACAUUAAUGCUAGAUUUCUGUUUACAAUUGAGUUAUAGCAUGGACUCCCAUCUCUUUAUUAAUCUAUCUAAGUUAUCUCAAAGUAUAUGCGCCUCGGUUAUACUUUGCUUAUAAUUUUAUAUUCCAAUUUGAAUUUCUUGCCCUUUUUUUUCCUGUCUCUUAACUUAUUUGUGCCCGUCCUUCACUAUUGUCGCUUUGAACUACCUAUGGAGCCAGCGCAGUAAAGCCUCAAUCAGCCCCCGGGGAUCCACAUACAAAUCGAUAAUAGUGUUACAAUUCGCUGGACACUGUCGCUUCCCUUAGAAUUCUUUAAUGAUUAGUAUUUCUCCUGACUGGCUGAAAGCUACUGAGUAGCGGGACACACUAUUUUUUUAGAAAAAAAUAAAAGCUGAUUACACUACCUAAAAGUGCUGUGAUAAGUACACAGCAUGUUAAACCAUUUUGCUUAAUGCUGCUUCUCUCUCUCUCUCUUUCUCUCUCUCUCUCUCUCUCUUCACUUCCAAACAUGCUCCCAACAACUAAAACUGCCUAUAACGACAAUGCACAGUAUUGUGAAAAACAUAUCAUUAAAAAAUAUGACAUAGUUUAGGUAUUAAGUGCACUGAUAUAUGUCUUGGUAAUUGUUGUCGCAACAUGCUCGAACUUCGUAAGUUGUUUUAUGUAAACAUAGUUCUGCGUGUGUAAAAAAAAACAGUAUGAAUGUAAAAGGGGAUUGUUGUGAUGAACGACCCGCAUCAAGCAACAGUCUCUUUGUAUUGUGUAUGUGAUAUGUGCAAAAGUGAAUGUGAUAACGGUAAAGUGAAUAAAGGUUGGUUUUCAAAAGGAUUAAAUUGCCUAUUAACAUGUCACAGUAUAACUUUUCACCGGCACAAAUGAAAAUGUCAAUUACUUUCCCUUCCCUCGUGAAUGACACAGACAUCUCCCGAUGGCUUGUAAUGAUAAAAUAUUUAA